AGGUCUCAGUGAGAAAACGAACGUACUGGCAGAUAGUGGCUCGCCGUUCCGCUCGAGACCGCCCGUGCGUGUAUGCGUGCGGCGCGUGGGUGUGUGUGUGUGCGCGUGUACAGAGAGCGGCUCCGCUUACACAGCGCACGGCGAUGCGUCAGUGUCGUUCCUGAAGCCCGUUCCACGUUCCACGUGGCUGUUUUCCGGAGUCAUUACUCUACAUUCGCGAAACGUCGAUCGUUCGGCGAACGUCGGAUCGGCGUUCGAACGAAAUAGCAGCCUCCGCCAUUUUCAUCGUCUCCGCGGGAGAGGCUCCGAUGAGGCUCACCGGUGUUGGCACGGUGGUUCGCGUGGCUGACGCCUGCGGCCGCGCCUCUGGAUUCCGCAAACACCAACACACAACUUGUCGAAAUAUUCGUUAAUUUUGCCACCGCCGGGCAUCGCGCGGUCAUUUCCUCCAUUCGUCAUUCUCGGGGGGGUGGUGUUUUCAUCUAUCUGGUCGCGAGUGUACCUGUGCCGAGUGUGGGUGUAUACGUGUGACAGCGGCCACACGUGGAGGUACAUCAGUGAGGGACCCCGACAACGUUCGACGCCACUGCGCUGCAUACCAGUGAGGCCCCCGGGUUUCAGGUAGGAGGCGGGAUAGAGAAGUCUAGAGUGAACUGAAAGGAAGCGACGGAGACGGAGAACGGGGACGGGGGGUGCGAUAGGGGGAAGAGGCACGAAGGGAAAGAAAGCGAAGGAGCGACGGAGAGGGAGGCCGAGACGGCGAGGGAGAAACAGAGAGAAACAGAACGAGUAAAGCGGGGCCCGACACGGAGUGAGGGAGGGGAAUCCAGAAGAAGGCGGCCAUAAUGGUCUGACGCGAUCUCGAGCGAGCGGCUACAGCUGCUGCGAAAUAUCCGCGCCGCUGAGUUCCUCUCGCCUCUUGCCGCGCGCACGUAUUUUGCAACAUCUCAGCCGCGACGACGAGCGCACGCGGAGAUAUACACGCCGCCUCCGCUUGCCUUUGGAAAGCAGUGACUGCGUAACCCUCCUGUGAGUGUCUUUACCGGGCGGAGUCCCGUAUCGUUCGCCACUGCGAACGUGUCGCGCGUACCUCUCAAUGGGCUCCUGAGUCACGUCCGCGGUCCAACAAUGCGCGUGGGAAGCGAUUUGCCGGUUGCUAAUUAACGUCCAGGAAGAUCCGCAUUCACGGAUGUCGCUGUUGCCAUUGGGGAGUUCGACGCACGCCGUGGGAGCGACGUACCUUACGUAUCACAGGCAUUGAAUUCUCCGAAAAGUUUCCUCACUUUCAGUUCUGGAUCAUCGAGCGUCCUGUGCGCGUUUCGUUUGAGAAACCGACUGAUAGAAUUAUCACAGUCGCCGGAUUUAAACGACUGUUUAAAUCCCGUGUGAAACUUUACCUUCUACAAUCGGAGAUAGUUUUCCACGCGAUAAUGAAAUAUUAUUUCCAUCUUUUAACGUGUACGGAUCUUAAUUGCGCGCGUGAUCUCUAAGCUGCAUCGCGAAAUUCAGAUUAAAUCCGAUCGACACGUUAGUCGCGGCUCGAGUAAAAAGAAAAUGAGGGGAGCUAAUCAGGACACGGCGACGCCGUACUGCCGGUGUAGAGUGCUCUACCUGGGCAGUUCGGUACCUCACGCGAGCAAGGAAGGACUCUUGGGCGUUCAGGAGCCUCUGAGAGAACUCUAUCCCGAGCAGGGCGCGCUCGGCGCGCGCGGCAUCGACUCCUGGCUAAGCGUCUGGAGCAACGGCCUGCUGCUGGAGAACGUCGACGAGCAUCGUAAGAAGGUCACGCGAUUCUUCCCGAUCGAGGCACUGCAUUACUGCGCCGCGGUGCGGCAUGUCAAGGGUGGAAACGGCGACGCGUCCAACACGCGGUUUCUGCCGUUGGACUCGCCGUUCGCGCGCACACCCAGCGCCAAUCAUCCGCCCUUGUUCGCCGCCGUGCUGCGAAGAACGACCGGCAUCAAGGUCCUCGAGUGUCACGCGUUCAUCUGCAAGCGUGACAUGGCGGCCAACGCCCUGGUGAGAUGUUGCUUCCACGCUUACGCCGACAGCAGCUACGCGAAAGGCCUGGAGCCGUCGACGGCGACGAUGAACGGAGCAACGACGGGUCAUCACUCGAACAACAGUUUAUAUCACACUCUAGGCGGUUCCAGCACCACUCUGGACAGCCCUCAAGCGACCCGCCUGGACGCGACGUCGACCGACGACCUCAGCUUGUACAACGGCGACGAAAAUCACAAAGUAUGGGCGAGAGGUCGCGACGAAGUCGACGGUGUUUAUCAGGAACAGGGCACCUUGAGAAGUACCAAGGGCUCUAGACCGCGCCAACUGGUCGCCCCACCGCCGCCGCCACCGCCGCCGCCCCCUCCCGCUCAACCAUUGCUGUUGGAAGAAUCCUCCGCGCGACGGAAAGCCAACAAGAAGCUGAAAAAAAUUAAGUCUCGCUCGCUGCACGAAGACGCGCUGCAGCAGCAUCAGCAGCAGCAGCUCCUUCAUCAUCAGCUUCAUCAAGGCGUGUACACCAACGGCCACGGGCACCACACCCUCGGUCACCCCAUCAGGCAGCAGCAUUACCACCCCCAUCCGCUGCCACCCAGCAGUCGAUCCGUCGCCGGUACGUUGGCUAGACCGGCGCCGGUGCUCUUGGUACCAGCCGCAACUCUGCCGCGGAAGAGUCAUCAUCAUCCACGCCUGAGGCCUAUCCCGGCGGCUGCGCCCAUCGUCCCGGUUUACGCUCCUCUGCCGGUGGUGCCGCCGUCCGCAGCACCGGCGGCUAUGUAUCCGGCGGCCACGUACGGCACCGCCGGAAAUAGGGGCAGGAGACACCCGGAAGCGGACACUUCCACCUUAAGCACGUCCAGGAGACUAGCUGCUUCGCACGCCGAUCUUACCGCGCCGGAAGUCGCUCGGCAGGCGGACAGUCCGGAGAACGAGUCCCGCUUCGGCACCGGCAUAUAUCGGCGGAAGGGCCAUCUGAACGAGAGAGCCUUUUCUUACAGCAUCCGAGCGGAACACCGGAGCAGAAGUCACGGCAGCCUGGCGUCUCUCGGCUUCAGCGCGCAGAACGGCAACGCGCUGCCGAAGGAAGAGAAGAAGGAUCGCGAGAUCGCUCAGCUGGUCGCCGGACUGAAUCUCAACGACACUCCGGAACGGACGCAGCUACCGAAUUCAAGAGGUGGAUACGCUCAUCAUCAUCAACAACAGCAGCAGCAGCAGCAACAGCAACAGCAGCAGCAGCAGCAGCAGAUGCAACCGCUGCCCAGGCCGAGGCCCCGUUAGAAUCAUCGUCUGAAACAGGCUUUUUCAGUGACAGCUUUCUAUAUAAUCCACAGUGGUUUUUAGAUAUUUUUCACAGAAAAAAGUACUUUAUUUUGAAAAGUGAAGCGUUUCUCGCGGCCUUGGCGUCGGAUUGAUAUAUAUAAAUAUAUCUAAUUAAAUGCAUGCUGUUUAUCCGAUAUCUUGAUCGAUAUUUCGAACGCUAAUUACGACUUGCUAAUUUCCUUCCAUUACUGAAUUUAAACGCUAUAAACAGGCAAUUUAUCGAUAAUUAUAACAUUGCAAAGGAUUAAUAAUUCGUGAAUUUCUCUCUUUUCUUUUGUUCACCGGUGAUGUUGCUGGGUUGAAGAUUGCUCGAAAUGAGUCUCACUUUUUCCGGUUGAUCGCGUUGACGCAAGAGUAACUCUGCGUGGAUUAACAAACAUCUUCUUGCAGUUUACUUUUCCAAGCGUGACACCGCCGCUGCAGUAACGAGCGAUUUUACGUUCCGUCACCGUAGAAAAAGAUUGUAUUGCGAAACGUCGCAAUUCCGACUCUGCGUAGCAAGCUUUACCUUACGGUAUUACAACACAGGUAUGUUUUGCUUCUUUUAAUUAAUCGAGCAAAAAUAUUGAUUCCAAACACGAAAGACUUGAUACUUUGAUACUUUUUAAAUCUGAUUACUUGGUUUAAUUCCGACUAGAUAUUGUAUUUACUAUUUUUUUUAAUCGCAUUAGCGUUCGACGUAAAAACGUAGAAUUAGUGAAAUACUUUAGAUCACACGAUGACAUAACGUCCUGAGAAACGUAACGACCUUCCUGUCGCAAAACAAGCUAACUAAUUAGGUAAUUAUUGUCGCCUUGCAAAGAAGACAGUUGUACUCUCUGAUGCUCAUUAGAUGAAGGCGCGAAGCAUGGAGCAAAGAUAGCUGCGGAAUAUUUCCUCUGUGAAAACGAGUCGGAAGCUUUGCAAAAAAAUUUUAAUCUCGCCGGCAUUGAAAGUUAUUUCCUUGACUACAUUCAACGUCUUGAAUACUGAAAGAUCUUUUCAAUCGUUUUAACUUUCAUUUAAUUAAAUGAAACAUUUUAUUUUGUAAAUAACACCAAUUUAACGAAAUAAUCUGAAAUUAUAUGUAAAACAUCUGAAUAAUUUAUAACAAAAUGCAAGUCUAGUGAUAUCUUGCGCAUAAAGUCGGAUUAGAAGCAUCGAUAUCUGCAUACGUCACAUAUGUCACAUCGACCGAGAAAAGUGUCCUUGUUUGUGACACUUUGCGGCCACACGCUUGCCGGAGUUUUAUCGUGGCACAUUAACACUAACGUCGUAAGUAAAAGCUUAAGCGCAAAAAGAAUCGCGGCCUCGCUGAUACCGAUGUUAAAUCGGUUGACUUAAAAGUCCACACCUCGUGCAUUCUAAUUAUCGCGUGAUCAAACAGCUUGUUCUUAUUAUUGUCAAUAGAAUUAUUCCCGACAUUUUAAAAGUCGAAAUAAAUUGCCGACGUGUUUGCAGUAACAAAAUGUGUUUUUAAGCGUUGAUCGCACUAUAUUUUAAAAGACAUUAAUUCCGCAAAUGAUAGUGGCGCAAAUGCGCUCAUCGAUUAAAAAUACUUGAUGCGACGGGAUGCUUUCGUGCUCACGUCAGUGAGUCAGUGCUGACGAUGAUCACAAAGAUGAAGAUCUUAAUCGCUCAGCGCUAUAAUUAACACUUUCGCUUUAAUCGCUAUAAUGCAGUUGCAUAAUGCGUCAAUUCUUUUCAAUGUCACCGAUGAAACUCUAACACCAGUUUUAUUGUAGUUUAAAUAUUCAAAAUUUUUAAUAUUGCUAGAAAUAAAAGUAAAGACUUUGUGUGUAAGAUAAGCCGCGAAGAUCAUAAAUGAUUUAUGCGCAUAUUAGUGUACGGUGAAUAGUGAUCAGAGGAUCUCUACGUAAGAAUAAUUAUUCAUCAUUACAUAAGUCGGACAUAGCAUUCAAAUGCUGUGCAGAGAAGCGUUUCUCCUUCGAUCGGCACGUCAUCGAGCGCGUCGAUUAUGAACGAUAAAAGAAGGUUUCGCCUUUCGCCACGAAUUUCUCCGAACGGCAUAAUGGUAGGCGUUACGCAGAGAGCUAUUAAAGGGAAUAUUGGCGAGAAAAAUUGCACAUAAUUUGGCAUUUGUAACCUUUUCAAAAUUUCGAGAAUCCAUAUUAAAAAUAAAUAUUCACAUUUUAUGAUUGAUAUAAGUGGCAAAAAUAGCAUUAAUCUUAUGCAAAUUAUUUGUGCACCUUCAACGAUGGCGUUACGCAGUCGACACACUUUUGUCGUUCCAAAUUAGCAUUCGAGUGGAAAAAUAAUAUGCAAAGCAAUUCGUACACACUUUUAGAAUUAUAAACGGCGAAAUGUUUAUAAAAGGUGACAUCGCUGUUUAAUUGACGCACGUGUUUCCGAGCAGAAAGUUGCAGCGAUACGUAAGCAUCGUUAAUGCGUCAUCGCUAGCGGCGGAAGCAUUAUGCAAAUCAAGAAAUAGCAGACGGUAUUUUUUCUAAAAUAAUUCUCUCCUAGGAUCUUUUUAUCAGAAAAAUAGAGUCACAAGUCAUUCAUCAACUAUUUAAUGAGCUAUUAAAUAGCGAAGAUUAAAAACCUGUCGAUUGAUUAUCCGAUCGUAAAAAAAAAAAAGAAAUGUUUAAGGCAAACGCGACAGUCGCAUGGAAGAAGAAAAAAAGAACUCCACGCCACUGAUCAUUAUCGCGCAUGCAAGUUGUGCACACGAAGGAUACACACUUUAUUAGUCACCUGACUUUCGUUACCACGUUGUUUCCGCGCCAAGGCUGCUACGCGAUAUCGUAAUUCCCUCGGUUUUUUUUUUUACUGCGCUCUUCCCAGGCACUCAGUCAAUUUUGAGACGCCUGAUAAAAAUGUACAUUGAUUAUGGCUAGCAUUAUAUCGCUGCAGCUACUGUUACUGAAGUAGAAAGUGAAUGUAAAAUAUUGAUGAGCCGACCGCAACACGUACGCGAGUGUCCAAUACGAAUACAGAUACAUCAUAUCUAUACAUGUAUAUUUACCAAGUAAAUCAGUCACAAAAAUAAUUAAUUAAACAUGCCAUUUGGUUGCGCAAUAAACAUCGGGCGAUGUCUCGAUUCUUGCGAAAUAUAAGGAAAAAGACGAGGAAAGAUACAUUUAAUUAAUUAUGAAUCUUUUGCGAAACGCAAACGAAAUCUUUAUUUUAUUAAGAUCCCAGCAAAACAUUCUCUGACUCAUAGAAUGCAGAAUGUUUUACUGAUAUUUUUUUUUCUGUAACGACGGACUUCCCGUAUAGAUUAACAGUACAAUCCUAAGGCGAAUUUCGAUGUCGAAUAUUACGGUUGCCCGGACACGAGACGCAUUAUUUCACUUACGGUGCAUACGCUGUAUUAUAUGCACUAUGCACGCGAACCUCCUCGUCGUCGUCGUCGUCGUCGGCCACAUUCCGUUCCCCCGUGUAAUUUUCAGGGUUAACCGCAACCGUCGUACGCGAUACUCUAGUUUUAGGAUUGCAACAAACAACCGGUGAAAUGCAAAUCGCCUUGAUUGGUACCUUAAGCAGAGCGCGCGCUCUUUCCGCGCAAUAAAAGGGCUUUUCGACGAAGUCUAUUAUUUCCGAAACGAGUCGAAAGUUGAAUUUAAAACUUAGACGUUCUUCAUGAAAGUGUGGAAAGUGUGCAAUAUUGUGUCCAUGUAAAAAAUUACUGCAUUAUUAGACCGUGACAAAUUUUCCAAAAAAAAAAAAGAAAGGAAAUGCGUCGGUGAAAGAACAUUAAAGUUAAUUUGUCUGUUCGCCACAUGGCAAGAAGAUUUAGCUUGUUAAAAUGAAAAGGAUAAGAUAGUGAAAAAUUUCUCAUUAUAUUGUACGUUUUCUCCCCUGUCGUAUUGUACAAAGAGGAUCAUGUAAUUUCUUUUUCAAGGAUAGUUAAUAAUUUCUUAAAUAGAACUAAAAAGUUUUACGCUCUUGAACUUUCCACCGAGUUGGGAAUGUAAUAAUAUACCAACGGGUUCUUCCAAGCCCGCUCAUUCUAGCGUUUUCUCGCCAGGAUACAGCCAUUGUGUACUUAUAUACAUGUAGGAUAAUAAAACGUCUUACGAGAGAGACGGCUGGCGACUUACAAUUUGUAAUUGUAAAUUAUAAAUAGAAUAUAAUAAGCGGCGCUAUAAAUAGCUUAAAGGCUACGAACAGUAUCGUAGGUAUAAUUAUAGCGCUAGAUAUAUAUCGUAACUAUAUAUCUUUCGAUUUAAUCGCUCUGUAUCUUCGGACAAUCAUCAAUCGUCUUCCAUAAAGUCGGUUCUAGAUACGUUCGUAUGCCAAAUAUUAUUAAACUGACCCAAUGUAACAUUGUACUAAACAUGUGUGUGGUAAUAUAUUGAAACCCACUUACACUUAUCAUUUGGUAAAUGAGCUGAUUUGGGGCUGACUUAAAAGUCACAAUGAAGAACGUAUAAGUACAAGAAAUCAAAAAGAGAGAGAGAGAGAGAGAGAGAGAGUAAUUUAACCAUAUCGGCGACAAUUGAUAGAUUUAAAAUAACUAUUUUAAUUAUGACGAUUUUUUUGUGUUACAUUUGCAUUGUUGUCCGUAAUUGCAUAUUACUCAUAUACUUCAUUGUGUCUAGGCUUUAAAAUACGUGACAAGCCACGUUACCAGUCGAUCGCGUAAGAGGACACGCAUAGCGGUACAAGCGCGUGUCCGAGAAUAGUGCCUCUCUCGUUCCUCUCUUCGCUUCUUAUCGCCCUUCCGCCGGUUGGUAACCGAUGCGCGAGUACAACAACCGCCGGAAGAACGGUGCAAGAUAAGGGGGACGAAACGCAUUCUCGAAGGAAUGCUAAUGGCAUCCGGAUGCCGGUGCGCUACUCCACGACCUUGCAACUUUUCACAGCGACAUGGAAAAAUUGCAUAGUUUCUUCGUGCAGUAAGGCACAAGUCAUCGCUUCAUCGAUACGAUAAUCAAUAUUCUAUAAUUAGUGUGUAUGCGUAUACGUAUGUGACCGUGAGUGCAUCCAGGAACGCGACAGUCUAUUUAAAGGCUGGAGAUUGCGCCUGUUCAUUAAUUAUUAAUCCUCGCGUCUGAGACGAGCACUGAUAGGAACGUGCCAUCGAGAAUGCGAAAGAAGACUCAUUACAUUUAUAACUGCAUAUAGUUUCCACAUGUAACACGGUACGAUACGCACACGCGGAACGCCCCGGCAACUGGCGAGGAAUGAGGAUAGAUUAUUCUCCCGUCUCGGGAGAAAAUGCGAAAAUACGCGACGCGUUGCGCAAGCCGCGCGGGGACGCGCUUUUUCCUUCGCGACGAAAGUGCGCGUAAUUACACCGCUGGCUGAUUUCCGCGUGUGCGCAUACCUAGAUUAAUGUUAUAAAGAGAAAUACGCAUGUGAAUAUAUUGUACACGCGUUUUAUCGCAACAAAUAAAUAUCAUUAACUGUA